CAAGCACUCACACCAACUGCUAGCUCUCUUCGGAUCCCUGCCCUUGCUAUCGGCUUCCCCUGCUCCCUGCUGCACUGCCAGCCUGAACCUCCUCUGCCUCCCAGGCUCCUGCAAACGCACACCUGCUCCAUCACACGGUUCACCCUCCAUGGCCCCUGGCACAGCCCCCCAACUCCUGGCCCUCAGCCUGCUGGUUCUCUGGACUUCCCCAGCACCAGCUCUGGGUGGUGCUAACGAUGCCGAAGACUGCUGCCUGUCUGUGACCCAACGCCCCAUCCCCUUGAACAUCGUGAGAUCCUUCCGCUACCUCCUCAUCACCGAUGGUUGCCAAGUGCCUGCCGUGGUGUUCACCACCCUGAGGGGGUUCCAGCUCUGUGCACCCCCAAACAAGCCCUGGGUGAGCCGCAUCAUUCGGAGACUGGAGAGGAUCUCCACCAAGGGCAAGUAG